CAAAUUGCCUGCGCAUGUCUGAAAUCGAUAUCACCUCUCAAGAGAAUACUCUCGAACUCCCCAAAUUUGAGGAAAGCCUCCCCGACAUUAAACCUGAACCUCGCAAAGAUCUCAAGUAUGAAAUCAAGCAUGAACCUAAACCUUCAUUUGGCCAAUCAUCCAAAGACCUCAUCGAAUAAUACAAAAGUAAAUUUAAUGCCUUCAAACAAUUGGCUGAAGAUUAACAACCUAUGGACAAUGGAACCAUCUGUUAUUGAAAAGUCAGAAAAAUCUGACAUUUGGAGAAGCGAUGCUGAAAUUCUCAAAUCCCCCAAAGAAUGGGAUUGGAAUAUUUUGGGAUCCAAAAAGGCUUCAACCACCUGUAACCAAAUUCAAUUUGAUUCUCAUGUACCAGAUCCUAUUGUUUCUGAAUAAGAACACAAGGCUUAAAUUGCCUAACAUAGACAAAUGAUUUUGGGUGUUUUGGAUCAAAGAAUUGAACCUGGCCUUAAAUUGCCAUCAUCUCACUAGCCUCAAAAGCCAGUUGUCAAUGAAUAACAUUCCAAUUAUUAAAAUAUUUUGGAAAAAUUCAGAAGUGCUUCAUCCUUAGAUGAUUUGACAACCUUCUUUAACACAGUUCAAUAAAGAAAAGUGGUUGAACAUGCUGCCCCUCAAUAAUAAUAAUAACAAUAAUAGUAGGAAGAUCUGUUCUCUAAUCUUGAAAUACGAAGAAAUAAAAAGGCUGAAACCCAAAUUCAAUAAUACAAAACUCCGAGCAAGUCAUAAGAUGAAAUCUUUGAAUAUGGAUCAGGAAAUAGAACAACUUCCUUCUUCUAAAAGAAACCUUCAGCUCAAAAGUAGCCACUCUAAAGUCCAAGUUUGGGUAAUCAAUUCAACUACAGACCUGACUAAUCAGUAACCUCAAAGGUGACUUAGAAAUAUGAAUUUCCAAGUGGAAGUGAAGGAUCAUAGCAAGACGAUUUUAUGGGUAAACUGGGUUUAGGUAAAUACGACACUCCAAAAGUGGUGAUCAAUUUAGAGAGCAAUACUUAGAGUAAUUCCACCAUAGACAGAAUGAGACAGUAUGUAAAUGGAACUCCAAUGAGUGCAAGAAAGAGUGGAGGAGGUUUGAGUGAUUUGAUAAAUGAGCGCUCUUUGAAUACUACAACAUUUAAAUAGCAAAUAAAAUCAUAUCACAAAUCUGGACAAAAGCCAGAUUAAUCAGGAAGAUUGAGUGCGGACAAUCAAAACUUGUCAGAAUAAUCACUUAAAAAUUUGCAUCUGAAAUUGGUUCAUCAAUAGAAGAAUGGAAUCGGAAGUUCGGGAUUAAAAUACGCUAGAUGUUGAUUUAAUAUACUUUUAUAUAUCGAAUUAUCUAUAGAUCUAAUA